GUCGAUACCAUGACUUUGGACCUCAGUCGGGCUAGGGCGGACGUGGAUCUGAUUUAUGCUCGUCACGAUGGCUUCCUCUGUUGCUGCAGUAUUGUCGCAUGGCGUGGCAGCCGCCCCGAUGAAGCUUCAUUUCCCAAAACUUGGGUUGUCCCACAUUCGCAUUCCAGCAGUUCCGCCACCUCCAUGCUCAUGGCGAGUUCCCCUGCGUUCCCAUCCGCGAUGGUGUGCGACCCUUGUGGCCGCGUCGGCACCAAGCGCCCCCGCGCGGCGAAAGCCGCAAUCUCCGACGACAACGAGCAAGAAGGCACGGGGAUGUGGACCACCGCCGAGCACAUUCGGUUCCUGGAAGGGGUGGCCAAGUUCCCCAAAGGCCCGUGGAAGUACGUCGCCGAGAUUGUUCAAACCCGCACGGUGCGGCAAAUCCGAACCCACGCACAAAAGUACCGCGAAAAGCAGGCGCGCCACCGGCGUGGGCUGCGGUUUAAACCGUCCACCACCAGCACGUCCAGCGACGACAGCGACGAUGCGCGCAGCUCUGUGGACCCGGUCGCUGUCGAAGACGUCGCUGUCGUGGCGAACACGUACGAUUGGAAUUUGGACCCGCUGCCGUUCUCGAGCAGCCCCAUCCAACUUGACGAGUGCAUGUCGUUCCUUCUGGAAGCCUUCCCCGAGACCGCGUUCUAGAACGUAGUGCCAUGGAUGUGUAUUUACCAUAAUUUACAGCGUUGCUUUCCUGUCUUCUGGAGCGGCGAAGCUUGCCAGCG